AUGAGACAAAAUCCGGAAACUACCUUUGAAGUGUAUGCAGAAGUAACCUAUUCAGGAAUCAGUUGCAUUGGGAAAGAUCCUGAGGUGCGGAGGCAAUUCCCAGAGGACUACAGUGACCAGGAAGUUCUACAGACUUUGACCAAGUUUUGUUUCCCCUUCUAUGUGGACAGCCAUGCAGUUAACCAAGUUGGGCAGAACUUUACAUUUGUGCUUACAGACAUUGACAGCAAACAGAGGUUCGGAUUCUGUCGCUUAUCUUCUGGGGCCAAGAGCUGCUUCUGUAUCUUAAGUUACCUCCCAUGGUUUGAAGUCUUUUAUAAGCUGCUCAAUGUCUUGGCAGAUUAUUCAGCAAAAGGACAGGAUAGUCAAAGGAGUGAGCUCCUUGAAACAUUUCACAAACUUCCCAUCCCUGAGCCAGGAGCCUCUGUUCAUCUUGGAGUGCAUUCUUACUUUACUGUGCCUGACAUCAGAGAGCUUCCUAGUAUACCUGAAAAUAGAAAUCUGACAGAGUAUUUUGUAGCAGUUGAUGUCAACAACAUGCUGCAUCUCUAUGCCAGUAUGCUGUAUGAACGCCGCAUCCUCAUUUGUUGUAGUAAGCUGAGCACUUUAACUGCCUGCAUUCAUGGGUCUGCAGCUAUGCUCUACCCGAUGUUCUGGCAGCAUGUUUACAUUCCUGUUCUGCCCCCACAUCUACUGGACUACUGUUGUGCCCCAAUGCCCUACCUCAUUGGAAUACAUUUAAGUUUGAUGGAGAAAGUAAGAAACAUGGCCCUGGAAGAUGUAGUGAUUCUUAAUGUAGACACCAACACACUGGAAACCCCUUUUGAUGACCUUCAGAGCCUUCCUAACGAUGUGGUUUCUGCACUGAAGAACAGAUUGAAGAAAGUCUCUACAACCACUGGAGAUGGCGUUGCAAGAGCAUUUCUAAAAGCACAAGCAUCUUUCUUCGGGAGCUACAGAAACGCCCUGAAAAUUGAACCUGGUGAACCCAUCACUUUUUGUGAAGAAACGUUUGUGUCCCAUCGUUCUGCUGUCAUGAGGCAGUUUCUUCAGAAUGCCAUUCAGCUCCAGCUCUUUAAGCAGUUCAUUGAUGGCCGCCUGGAUCUUCUUAACUCUGGAGAGGGCUUCAGUGAUAUUUUUGAAGAAGAGAUAAAUAUGGGAGAAUAUGCAGGUAGCGACAAAUUGUACCACCAGUGGCUCUCUACAGUAAGGAAAGGAAGUGGAGCCAUUUUAAAUACAGUAAAGACCAAGGCUAACCCCGCCAUGAAGACUGUCUAUAAGUUUGCAAAAGAUCAUGCAAAAAUGGGAAUAAAAGAAGUGAAAAACCGCUUGAAGCAAAAGGACAUUGCUGAGAACGGGUGUUCUGCGGCACCGGAGGAAUCUCUACCAAGGACGGCGCCUUCUCCCUUGGUUGAAAAGAAGGACCCUAAAUUAAGAGAAGACAGAAGACCAAUCACAGUGCAUUUUGGUCAGCAGCAAAGACUCCGUCCGCCUCGGCCACCGCCUCCAAAGAUACAGCGUUCAUCUAGGCCCGUUCGCCCGCCAAGACCUCAUGUUGUUAAGAGACCCAAGAGCAAUAUUGCUGUGGAAGGACGAAGGACUUCAGUUUCUAGUCCAGAACAGCCUCAGCCGUACCGGGCCCUGAAAGAAUCUGAUAGUGCUGAUGGGGAAGAGGCGGUCAGUCCAGCAAAAUCAAAAGAGCCUCUGCCUCCAAGCCCCCUGCUCUCAAGCAAGGCCACAGAAAUCAACCUCCUUGAAGACAUUUUCCCUAACUUAGAAGUAGAAACACAGCCUCAGCCUCUCAGCCAAGCUAAGAGCCUGGAAGACCUGCGGACGCCCAAAGAAGAGGGAGAUCAGCGAUGCACGUUUGAUUACCAGAGAAUGGAUCUGGGUGUGUCUGAGAGGAACAGGAUUGUGCCAACCAUGAAGCUGUCUCACCCUUACAACAAGCUGUGGAGUAUGGGUCAUGAUGACAUGGCUAUUCCUACCAAGUAUUCCCAAAGCUCACCGGAGAGGCCCUUGACCGCACUUGGUAACAUGCCGCCAAUCACGAGGAGGCCCUGGAGCAGGGACAGCGUUCUGGCUCCUGCAGAAAAGGAUGACUCAAAUCCUGCCAUUCAAGGCAACAUCACCAUUCCUAGGCCACAGGGAAGAAAGACGCCUGAACUGGGGAUAGUGCCACCACCACCAGCACCCAGGGCUUCCAAGCAUCAGACUCCAGCUGGACCAGCUGACAUCCUCACCACCCACACUACAGGACGUAGCCAUUUGGUUUCAGAUCUUAUCCCAGAGCCCUUUGGAGUUGGCAGUGUGUCCUUAGACCCUGAAAUCCAGCAGUCUGUAAAUUACUCCUCUCAUCCGUCUCAGCUUUUGUCCAGUGCUACCAGCACUGCUGAGAUGCUCCAACCUGUCAAGGUGAAGACAGAUAACACAGGUAACGAAAGCGACUACCUUCUUAAUCUCCUGGAUCCGUUAAAAACAGCCAGCUGGCAAAGCAGCGGCCCACAGCAAGGUCCCUGCGGCCUGCAAAGCUCAGCCGCUCCACCUUCUGCAGCUAGCUUUGUCUCGGUGGCAAGUGACUUUGUGUCUCCUCCAGCUGCACCAUUUGUCCAGCCCCUUGGUUACCCUUCCCCAGCACCACCGCCUUUUUUACAGCCGUCUCCUAAUCCAUUUACGCAAACAGUGCCAGGAGCCCUUUCCGUGUCUCUAGUUAGACCCCCAAGGGGCUCUUUCACCCCCUCUUUAGGUCACGCUUAUAGCUCUAGCUUCAUAACACCUAAUUCUAGCUUCUACCCACCACAAAGACCUCAACCAAACAUUUCAACACUAUCCAUGCCAAACUUGUUUAGCCAGGCUCCAGCUGUGCCGCCAGCUGGCUCCUUACUGCUGCAGAGCCACAGCCCUUCUCCAGCAAGCUCUCUACAGCCGGCGUGUUUAAGUGGUCCUUCCAAAACCAGAACAUUACAGGUGGGCCAGUCCAGCUCAAAGGUAGAUCCCAAACAAGCACUAGCUCUCCUCUCUAAUGACCCCCCUUUGGUCCCUUCCCGGCCAGCUAAGGGCUUAGAGGCAGUGUUACUAUCCUCAAAACCUGAGGAGACAAAAGAUCCGUUUGAAGAUUUGUUAAAAAAGACAAAGCAAGACGUGUCAUCCACACCAGGUAAGGUUGAACAGCUCAGAAAGCGAUGGGAAACCUUUGAGUAA